AGAAGAACUGGAAUAUCUUCUCAACUUAAACACAGUGAGAGGUUCCGGGUGCCUACGUUAGCAUUAUUCUGCGACAAAAGAACACUUACGGUUUUGCUACACGAUUUUGUGUAUUGGAGCGAAGUAAUGAAAAAGGUUUACAAUACAGCAAGCGCUGCACUGAAGUAUCUUGUCUACAGGGACGGUGGAUGUAAAUAAAACUGUGAUUAAGCUCCCAGAAGAAGGUGCUGAAUACACUUUCUUGUUUUUUACAAGCAUGAGUACUGUCCAACUUGGACCUAUAACUAUUCACUGAGAAAAUCUUAAAGAGAAAAAACAAUCCUUCAAUCACAAACAAUAGACGAAUUUCCGUGUGACGUCACAUAACCAGUUCCCAAGCCUCUGCGCAAAUCGACAGGCAAAAUGGCAGGCAAGAUAGUAAACAAAUAGGGUAAUUGCUUAUUAAACGAUCGUUUUAAAUCGCUUAAAAACUAAACAAACCUUUCGAUCGAAACUUGCACUACCAUUAUGAACUCCGUUACUAAGAUUUUAAUGAUAUUCUCCAUCGCGGGCUUUUAUUCUCGACCAUUACUUCGGCUUUACAAGCCUACACACCAGGAGUACGCGAGUAAGCAAGUCCUGCAUUGUGUUCGACUAAAUAGCUGCGUUUAAACUGCGACGUUUUUAUAUCCUUGCCUUGGAAAUUUUUGUGGGUAAUUGAUACAGCCCAAAAUAUGUAUGCGAGGUAUAAACACAGACCAAGAGUUGUACAGAGUAUAAUGCGACAAAACGAAAGCGGCCGCCUCGUGGUCUUCACUUCCAAUAUGUCGACCGAAUACUUCUCGAAAUUAGUAAGUGAAGAUAAACAGCAUUAUUCAAAAAAACUCACGCUUGCCAACGGAACACUCCUACGCGACCCUUUUUCACUGAAGGGAGAAGAUUGGAGCGACGAUGUAUCAUUGCUACCCGAUGUUACGCAUAUGGAUUUGUAUGUCUAUCUCAUCCAUACACCCAGUGAAUUUACAAAUGAAUCUUUGAAAGCUUAUAAAUCCUUAGAAGCUUACAACUUUUAUCUUUCUGGGCAUGUUCAAGAUGUUUAUUGCCACCUCUUGAAAGACGUUGAAUUUUGCUACAUUAAAUCCUCCGUACUACCUAGUCAGAGACAAGGACAAAAGCAAAAACUAUAUGAUGUAUGGAUCAUUUUACACACAAGUGGAUGGGUACUUUCAGCAAAUUGUACCUGCGUUGCUGGCCUUGGCUCGGCAUGCAGUCAUGUUGCUGCCCUUUUGUUCAAACUGGUUGCUUGUGCUACAUUGGAGUUAAACAAAAAAGCUUGCAGAAGCAAAUUAUGCUCAUGGAAAAAAUCUAGAAAAAGAGCACACCCUGCACCUCUGAAGCACAUAAACUUCAAAAGACCAAAAAAAAGCGACGUCCAAUCCAGUAUAAAAAUAAAAAUAAUUUUUGUGACUUUUCAAAUGUCCAUAAUUUAGUUGGAAUUUUCUUGACAAAUUGUUUUUAUUUUUUAACUGAUGGAUUUCAGCCAUCCUGUUGACAAGUUCAUUUUGGAUGCUACAGUAUUUUCGAGUCACUUCCUUGAUGUUAUUUUCUUUUUCUUUCACAACAUUCUCUAUUUCUGUCACUUUUUGUUUUAAUUUUUCAAUCUCCAUAUCUUGUGGGCUUAGCUCUUCCUCCUCUGGUUCCAAAACUUCACUGGGCUCUUCCACAACAGGAAGAUUUGAGCGCUGCUUAACUCUCAGACGUGCACGUUGGAAUCGAUCCUGUUUCUCUUUCUUUUUUUCCUCACUCAUUUUUUUCCCAAUUCGGUCGAAAACUGAUGGCACAAAAUCAGGGCUCAGUGGGUCCUUUGAUUUUUUUCCUACAAAAAGAAUAGAAUAUUCCAUAUAUUCACAGUGACUAGAUGUGCAAAACAUUGACUUACUGGGAGUGAAAGAAUCUCAGUGCGGUAGUAAAUACGAGACAGGGAAGCCUCACCCAGAGGGGGGAAGAGGGAGUUUCAAACGUUUAUGGACAAGAGAAAUGAAUAUACAUACCAGAUAUGAAAUGCAGAUGGCAUACUUUAGCAUUUCCAAUUAGCUGUUCUGGCCAAUCCACCCUGCCAAUCGCAGUCAACCAUCUUUUUCUGACGUCUGGGUAUAUCUUCGAAGGAAUUCGAAAAAAACCACCACUUCCAUCGCCUUUCUUGCGUCUGUUCGUACAAUUCGGUACACAGCAACUAUCAGGCAUCCUUCCACAAUCAGUACUUCAACGUUUACGACGAAUAUUUUAAAUAAUUUUAAGUUUUUUCUCUCUAACUAUCACAACACGUCUUCCCUCUUCGAUAACUUCCUUAUGAAAGAACGAAGGCGCGGCUAAUGUUUUGCCUGUCGAUUUUUACGGCAAGCCGCGCAUGCGCAGAAGUGCCGAAAAAUGUAAACAUUAAAAUUCGUCUAUACGACACAAGA